AUGAGAUCGGCUACGAUACUCGCUGUCUUUUCUGCAUUCGUUGCAGUGGCCAGCAUCCCGGAGAACCAGCCCCGGACCCAGCGGCAGCAGCAGCAGCAGCAGCCGGCCGCCACAUCGAACACGCCCGGAGCCCAAUCUACGAGGUGUUCCCCGGAGGGGUGGAGAAACACCGACGUCAAGUGCGGCAUCGGCAAGCCGGCGCCGGCGAGCACCUGGGACGAGGUGAACAACGACGCCAAGGACUUCUUCAACGAGCCCAAGACGAUCAACCCGUACAUCGAGCCGGGGCCGAGGCACUGCAAGAGGAUAUACUGCAAGAAGGGCACGGGGUUCUGGUGGUGCAACGACAAUCGUGACGGCAAGGUCCUGCAUGCGUGGAGCGACUUUGCUGUCGCGAUUGGCAUCAUGCAGGUGUAUGAUCGGUGCAAGAAGGGGAGGGCGGCGCAGAUUUUCCACCGCGACAACUGGAACUUGAUGGUCCAUGGGGGCGUGGACUGCUGA